AUGAGCCUUUCCGGUGGUAUUGAUCUCUGUGCCUUCCCGGCCGGCACCCCACCAGAGAGCGUGGCGCCAGACUUCACAAACCCGCCAACUUAUGCGCCUGUUGUGUUCGGUGUCUCUGCCGUGGUGCUGUUCUUCGCGACGUUGUUCACGGGCUGUCGGCUGACCGCGAACUGGAAGAAGCUCACGUGGACUGAUCACUUCAACACAUUUGCCCUCAUAUUUUCUCUCGUGCACACUAGCCUAGUGCUUUGUCAACUGAAAUAUGCGCGCCACCAAUGGGACAUACCAGCAUGUUGGUUUCUCGGUGAAUAUGCCAAAGCGCUCACGGUCACGCCGGGCCUGAUAUUCUCCAAGGCAUCCGUACUCUUGUUAUUCCAUACAAUAUUCGAUAUACAGCCUGCUAUGCGGAUAGCCAUUCGAAUCGGCUUUGCAGCCAUCAUCUGUGCGGCACCUGGCGUCUACUGGGGAAUCGUGCAGGCUGCAGGAGGCACCCUCUUGGACCUAUACAUCUUCAUAUUGCCGCUGCCGGAUACGACACAGCUGUGA